AUGCUCUCCGGUAUGUUUCUCGUAGCAGCGCUCCUGCUCUUCCGCCCAACGCCGGCGGCCGGCGAUUCCAUGUUAUACACGCACUGGCCCGACUUCAACAGUUCCGGGCUAAUGGUCUUCACCCGAGAUACGCAAAGGUUAGCCUCCGAGCUGUUCCUCGACAAAAAUCUCUCUGAGCUCAACAAUUCCAAGGGGCUCGUCGUCUUCCCGCUGAGCUCCUCGUUCUCGCUGGAAUAUUCCACUUCUCUCUACACAAACUUCACCAUGCAAGGCUCUUCUCCUGCCUCCUUCACCGUAUUAUUUGCCUUGCUUCCGUGGGAUAUCAUUAGGGGUGCCGGCGCAAGGUACAUCGUCAAUGGCGUUGACCAAACUAACAACAAUGAAAAGACGAUUGGCAGCAACGAGUUUGCUGCCGUCGAGAUUGGCACGCUGAGGUCGAGCUCGGCCGACCCAAGAAAGCCGGGUGUUGGCCUCAAUGUCACCGUCACGCCCACCAAGAUCCAGCGCCUCGCCGUGAGGAUCGACUACUUCUACACCAAAUCCAGGGCGGCGGUGUACGUUGGCCCCGUCGGCUCGGAAAAGGGGACGGACGUGGUUGCCAGCGGGCCGGUCAAUAUAAAGAAGAUGCAAGCAGUCGAUUUUGCUUUCAUCGGCUUCUUCAGCGACCGUGUGAGCAACAUCUUGAGCAAUAUCAAGACUUGGGAGCUCAAGGUGGAAAGUGUUAUUCCGAAGCGCAAAGGGCCGUCAUGGCUGGUCAUACUGCUCUCGGUUGUCGGAUCAGCGGCUGCCACGGCCAUUACUGCUGCUGCUUUCGCUGUCUACUACAGGUCCAAGUACAGGAGGUGGAACAAGGACCUGCAGCGGCUGGCCAGGUCCAUGCAGCACCUCCCGGGGAUGCCAAGGCACGUCGACUUCGCCGACAUCAAGAAGGCCACCAAAAACUUCCAUAGCAGCAUGCAGCUGGGAGCAGGCGGAUUUGGGGCCGUCUACAGAUGCAAGCUUCCGGCCGCGCCCGAAGUUGGGGGUCCGGAGGUGGAGGCGGCCGUCAAGAAGUUCACGCGCAACCACAACGGGUGCUACGAUGACUUCAUGGAGGAGGUCAGCGUCGUCAACCGUUUGCGCCACCGGAACAUCGCUCCUCUUGUCGGCUGGUCUUACCACUCAGGCGUGCCCUUACUCAUAUUCGAGCUCAUGCCUAACGGCAGCCUGGACCAACAUCUGUUCCAUCCAACAAGGACACGCUUCCUCCGGUGGGAGACAAGGUAUGACAUCGUCAAGGAUAUAGCCACCGGUCUGCACUACGUCCACCACGAGUACGAGCCCGCGGUGCUCCACCGUGACAUCAAGGCGAGCAAUGUCCUGCUCGACUCCGCGUUCCGCGCCCGCCUGGGAGAUUUCGGCAUUGCCCGCGCGGUUGGCCUCGACCGGAACUCGGUCACCGGCUUGGCCGGGACACCGGGCUACAUAUCGCCGGACUACGCGUGCAGCUACAAGGCCACAAGGGAGACGGACGUCUACGCGUUCGGGGUGGUCGCCCUUGAGAUCGUCACCGGCAAGCCGGCACUCCAUAAGGACGUCCCAUCGGAUAGCAUCAUGUGUGUCUGGGUCUGGCAGCUUCACCGGAGGGGAGUACUGAUUAACGCCGUGGACGAUGUGCUCGCGGCUGCCGGCUUCGAUGCCGACGACGCCAGACGGCUGCUGCUGCUUGGUUUGGCGUGCACCAACCCAAACCCGGCCGACCGGCCGAACAUGGCGACGGUGGUGAGGGUGGUCACGAAGCUGGCGCCGUCGCCAGACGUCCCUCUGGAGAGGCCACCGUUCGGCUUGCCGCCCCAGGGGCUGUGCACAUCAACACUGCUGGGAUCAACCUGUGGAACAGGAACACGUAUUUUCCAUACGGCGGGCUCAUCCGCCAUGGUAGAGCUCGAGCAGCUGAGUGAAGAGCCGCCUAUUGUAUUCCAGGCAUCUGGCACAAGUGGGCAGGCAAGGACAUCGACCGAAACAGCACCAGCUCGACCAUCUCGUGGCACCACCGGGUCUUCCUGA